AUACAAAACCAGAAAAGCGAAAUAAUUGAGUGCAAGGACAGACAUCUUUUCGCCCUCGCUGUGCGAGUUUCCCCCUUUCUUCUGACGCGUUUGGAACAUCCUCAGAUGCAGAUUUCCCCUGUUAGACUCGUGAGAAUCUUCCCCCUCAUCACAAACUGACCGAGAUUGGUCUUAAAAUAUCCUCAGAGGAGCCAAUAAAAUCACUGAGAGAAGACAACGCCGGACAGACGCUGUGUGUUUGCAGAGUAAAAGGGAGCAGCGUGUUGGUGUGUGUGUGUGAGAGAGAGAGAGAGAGAGAUAUAGAGAUGUACUAAUGACCGUGUCUCGCAGCAACUGAGUGAAUGGAUCACGGCGACCUGCACCGUUGAUGCUUUUUGUUAAAGAACAACUGCUACUCUGGCACUUGGAUUUCAGUGCGCGAAACGUCCGUGUGUGUAACUAGAACCUGCGAAAUAACGGCUCAAAUUGUCUGAAUAUCUUUAUGGAAACAAUAGAUAAACACAUGAGCAAGAAAGGUGUAUAAAGCUAUGCUGGUAUAGUGAGAUGGAGAUACUUAUCUGGUGCAUAAAGGCCAACGCAAACCAAGACAUGUGAUUUCAUUUGAAGGUUUACAGUGACAGGAAAUGUCGAACAACAGCACAACCAGUAUUUCUCAGGCCAGAAAAGCGGUAGAACAGCUGAAGAUGGAAGCCUGCAUGGAAAGAAUGAAGGUAUCAAAGGCAUCAGCUGAGCUGAUGGCUUACUGUGAUGCUCACCUUAGGGACGAUCCACUCAUCGCCCCACUGCCUGCUUCUGAAAACCCAUUCAGGGAGAAGAAGUUCUUCUGCAUCAUCCUCUGAUAGAGAUCAGUUGGGUUUGGGGAGGACAGGGCAUGGGGUCUGGAGUGAAGCAAGAACCACUGUGUUUGAACAGAAGAUCACAGGCUUUGGGAUUGUCACAUGUGCAUGCUAUAAUUAUUGCUCCAGUUCUAGGGGGAUGAACCCUACUGAGUGUUUUAUGUUUACUAUAGUUGUGACAACACAGACUUGUUUCAAUUGCACAAUCACAAAGGAUUUAAAAGUUACUUCACUUUUUAAAAAGAAACAUAGUUAUUUAGAUGACUUUUUCUAACUAGAGCAUUUCUUGUUUUGUAUGUUAAAUAUAAAAUGUUAAAAGCACAAUUGCCUGGUGGCAGCAAGAAUUAGUGGCUUUGGAGAGAAGUUAUGCAUGUCCAUUCUAUUUUUACAGAUUAUACAGUGGAGAUUGAACAACAGUAUUAAAUGUGCAUGGAAAGAGAAAAACGUAGACAAAGCACAUGUUCAAAAACAUUUACUAUGAUGCUGAACUAUGAUUUGGCAACAAAUGUAAUUUAUUGAGGAAAAGAAAUGCUCUUAAGGAUAAAUCUAAUGUAUUUCAA